UAGAGUUUUCCAAGCUACAUCACUCUCGAGUGUCUCACAGGGAUUUUUCGCCGGAACAUCGCGAAAUCUCUCAUCACGAAGGUCGAGUCGGAAUUCGAAACCUCGCAAGCAAUAGAGAAACGGAAAUCACAGCUACAAAUCAAGGAUCCAAGCGAUGGAAAUCGAACAGGAAACCAGCGUGGCCGAGCCCUCGAUUGGUAUCUCGGAGAAGGAAACGAAGGACGGGGAUAGUGUCAUCGCCGGGGAAGAAUAUGCGUACCUGGAUGCUACCGGCUUCACUUCCGAGUUGUUUAAAAUCGAAGUACGCGGACUUCCCAAGUACUACGGAAUUAGUGAACUUAAGAAACUGCUGAACGCCAAGCUUAAGCUAUCGACGAACAAGAUCAAGAUCAUGAAACCGGGCAGUCCUUUCAUUUUCAUAUGUUUCCGAAAUCAAGAGGAUCGCGAAAAGGCAAUCAAAGCACUGCAGGGCUACAAGUGGAAAGGGAAAGAGCUAUCUGCCUUCGAGGCGAAGCCGGCAGCGGACCCUCUCGUCCGCCGACGGAAGGAAGCUUCCGAAGGAAACGGAGAACCGGUGAACGCGAAGCGUCGCACCGUCGAGGCUUCGGCGACGGCCCUAGCAUAUCUGUCGUACGACGAGCAAAUCGUACAAAAGCAAUCCGAGAUGGAAAAUGUGUUGCAGAAAUUUGGAAAGGAGCUAUGGACUACGGUUCCAACUCUGCGUUCGUUUGUGGAAAAGCAGCGUGAAUUGUACGCAGGACUGCCGUGUGAGUUGGAGGCGAUUCGGCGGUCACCGGUACAGGAUGGGUAUCGCAAUAAAUGCGAGUUUACCGUUGGUAAAGACGCCCAAGGAACUAAACGCGUGGGUUUCCGCGUGGGCAGCUAUUCAAAUGGAUUUCUAGAAGUGGAAUCAGUCCAAAAAUUGAAGCACAUUCCAGAGUGCAUGAAGAAAACGGUGACCAUAUUUGAAGAGUAUGUCCAAGCGUCUUCGCUCGAGGUUUACAGUGCAGAAACCUAUCAAGGAUAUUUCCGGCAGUUGACCGUGCGGAUGUCUCAUGCGACUGGACAAGUGAUGGUCAUUGUUGGUGUGCACCUUCAGGCACUCUCGGAGGCAGAGCAAAAAGACCUAAAACAAUCGAUCGUUGACUGUCUAUCGUCGGAGGCCGGUAAAGCGGCUGGCGUUUGUUCCAUCUACUUUGAAGUGAUUCAGAAACGGCAACAAGGCCAGUACACGAACCCGAUCGAGCAUCUGUACGGCGAGACGCACAUUGACGACGAGAUUCUGGGCCUCAAGUUCCGCAUCAGUCCGCAGGCAUUCUUUCAAAUCAACACUCUCGCAGCCGGUGUACUGUAUCAAUGUGCGAUCGAUUUAGCGGCACCGGACAAAAAUACAAGCGUGUUGGACAUUUGUUGCGGUACAGGAACGAUCGGUCUUUGCUUUGCUCGUCACUGCAAACAGGUUCUCGGUGUGGACAUCGUUCCACAAGCUAUCGAAGAUGCCAAGUAUAAUGCCGAACGGAAUGGGAUCGAAAACUGUAAAUUUUACUCCGGUAACGCUGAUGACUUUAUCAUGUCACUGAUUCGCAAUGCAAACAUUGUACAGGAGCAAGAAGAGUCCAUCAUUGCCAUUGUGGAUCCGCCAAGAGCAGGACUACAUGUUCGUUCCAUAACGCAGCUACGCAACGCACGUGGUUUGGACAAACUUGUGUACGUAUCCUGUUCACCACAGAGCGCCAUUAAGAACUGGGUCGAUUUGAUGCGCCCCUGUUCGAAGCAGCUCCGAGGAGAACCUUUCGUUGCGCGAAAGGCGAUUGCAGUUGACCUAUUUCCCCACACUCCCCACACGGAACUGGUGAUAUUGUUCGAACGGGAACCAGAACCUGCCUCUGAUGGGCAAGGUGUUACUCCCUCCGCAGAUAAGCAGGUAAAUCCGUGAAAACGUAUGAAGAAUGUUGACACUUUUUUUACCAAUAAAGGAUAGAUUUAGUUUCACCCACAUUUUCCAACAAGGUCUGUUUGCGUGACG